UUUGUUGUUUAGUCUUAUAAUUAGAUCUCUAUUUCCUCGCGACAGCACCAUUAAAAUCCUCUGAUCGGAUCGAGCCGAAUCGAGGAUUUAGAGUUCGAAAAAAAUGGCGCAGCAAUCGCUGAUCUACAGCUUCGUCGCUCGAGGCACGGUGAUCCUCGUCGAGUUCACAGAUUUCAAAGGCAACUUCACCUCCGUCGCUGCACAGUGCCUCCAGAAGCUCCCCUCUUCCAACAACAAGUUCACUUACAACUGCGACGGCCACACCUUCAACUACCUCGUCGAAGAUGGAUUCACCUAUUGUGUUGUUGCGGUUGAGUCUGCUGGGAGGCAGAUUCCGAUGGCGUUCUUGGAGAGAGUGAAGGAGGAUUUUAACAAGAGAUAUGGUGGUGGGAAGGCUGCCACUGCUCAAGCAAACAGCUUGAAUAAAGAGUUUGGGUCUAAGCUGAAAGAGCACAUGCAGUAUUGUAUGGAUCAUCCUGAUGAGAUUAGCAAGCUUGCUAAGGUGAAGGCGCAGGUGUCUGAGGUUAAGGGUGUUAUGAUGGAGAACAUCGAGAAGGUUCUUGACCGUGGUGAGAAAAUUGAGCUUCUGGUGGACAAAACCGAGAACCUUCGCUCACAGGCACAAGAUUUCAGAACAACGGGGACGCAGAUGAGAAGAAAGAUGUGGCUUCAGAACAUGAAGAUAAAACUCAUAGUUCUCGCCAUCAUUGUCGCGUUGAUUCUCAUUAUCGUGCUCUCAGUUUGCCAUGGCUUCAAGUGUUAAAACUCUCUUGUGGGUACAUGGUACUUCCUUUUCUUUUAUUGUUCUAUCGUCAUUAUCAUUCUAAAUGUUUUCCGCUUGAAUUGGUUUUUGUAUAGAUAGACAUAUAUGUAUGCUUCACAUUUGCUAUAUUGCUUGCACCUGGUAACUUUAAUCCCUCGCGAA